AUGGCCACCGCUCCCAUCCAGGGCGGCCCAACUGCUCCGCCAGCCACCGUCCUACCUCCAUCCCUUACCUUUAGCGACACCAUCACCGAUAUCAUUCCCUUCAUCCCCAUAGUUCUUGAUCUUAACAGCCACAAUUACUACCACUGGCGCCAUCUCUUUGAGAUACAUCUCGGUCACUGCUCUCUUCUCCACCACAUCUCCGGCGACAACCCACCCGCUCCCCAUGAUCCCCGCUGGAUCAAAGACGACCUCGCCAUCAUCCAGUGGCUGUAUACUCGCAUCUUGACAGAGCUCUUCAACCUUGUGGUGAUGGAUGGUGCCUCCGCGCGUGAUAUUUGGGCCGAGCUUCGCCGGCUCUUCCAGGACAACCGGGAUGCUCGCGUCUCCGCCCUCAACACUGAGCUUCGCACGAUCACGCAGGGCGAUCGCCCCAUGGGCGUUUUCUGUCAACGCAUCAAGGCGAUCGGCGACGAGCUCCGCGAGCUUGGAGAGGUGGUUGCCGAUCGGUCGCUUCUUCACGCACUGAUGGGCGGUCUUGACGACCGCUUUGCUCAGUAG